UUGUGCUCUUGAGUGUCAGCUUGAUUCUCUUUAACAAGAAAUUAUAUGAGUGCGUGGUUUGGUUUCUCAGACCCUGUUCUCCCCCUGCUAUGCAAUCAAUCCUUCACCAUGGUUUCCAUUCCAAUCCCCUUACGCCGUCUCCAUCAUUAUUGCAGCCUUCCAUUUUGUCAUCUUCUCCAAAAUCAAUCACACCCGUUGUGCCGUGUAAACAUAAUCAGCGGGGCCCAUGGCUAUUCUGCAUUUUCACGCCAACCAUCCAAAUGUGCGAACACAAACAAUUUCUAACUGAUAGAAAGAAAAGCAAGAGGGUCAUAUUGGUGGAAAGUGUUUGGAUGUGGAGAAGAAGAAUAUCCUGAAAGAGGGCCCAUGCAGACAACAAGAGUCGAGUGAGUUUCAUUCAAGAUUCACGUACGUUUCCCUCUCAUCCUUCGUUUGUGGUUCACACUCUUCUUCUUCUUCCUUUCAUUUUUAUUCAUAUUCUCUAUCCUUCUUCAUUGCAAUAAUCACUCUGCAAUGAGAUGAGAGUGAUUGUGCCAUUGCAAGGAGUUGUGCAAGGCACAGGUGGUCUUUUCUGGGGUUCCGUUAUUCCUUGUGCUCUCUUCUACUUUCUUCAGCUCUACUUCAGGAACCGCCACCAACCUCACCCUCCUAGCCCUCCUCUGCUUCCCAAUCAGGAGGUUUCUGCCGCUUUGCACCGCAGUCUCUCCUCCCCCAGGACUGCCACCGCCUCCGCUCAUGUAUCCACUCGAGCCAAUUCCCUAAGUGUAGAUUCUCCUUACUACGUUGGUUUGCACAAGGUCGCUGAUAAUCCAUACCACCAAGUUCAUAAUCCUACUGGUGUUAUUCAGCUCGGCUUGCCCCACAACACUCUAUGUGCGGACUUGAUUCAAGAUUGGAUUCGCCAUUAUGGAACCGCCACUAUUAUGGGGACACCAACUAAUUGCUGUGGACUCAGGAUCGCUGGCCUUGCACCUUGUCAUGGCCUCAUGGAGUUUGAAGUGGCUGUGGCUGAAUUCAUGUCUCAAGUUUUGGAAAAGCCAAUUUUCUUCAACCCCUCACAAAUGGUACUAACUGCAGGUGCCGCCCCUGCUAUCGAGAUUCUAAGCUUCUGCUUAGCAGAUAAUGGAAAUGCAUUCCUUGUUCCCACGCCUCAUAGUCCUGGCUUUGACGGGGAUGUAAAAUGGAGAACUGGUGCGGUUAUAGUACCUGUUCCCUGCCGCAGCACUGAUAACUUCAAUCUAAGCAUAGCUGCACUUGACCAAGCCUUCAACCAAGCAAAGAAACGUGGUCACAAAGUUCGCGGAAUUAUAAUAACUAACCCCUCAAAUCCAGCUGGAAAAUUGUUGAAUCGGGAAACACUACUUGAUCUUCUGGACUUUGCAAGAGAGAAGAACAUUCACAUAAUCUCUAAUGAAACGUUUGCAGGCUCUGUUCAUGGAAAUGAAGAGUUUGUGAGCAUGACCGAAAUCGUGGAAGCAGAAGUUCAUGAUCGGGACAGAGUUCACAUAGUGUUCGAUCUAUCAAAUGAGCUCUCUGUUCCAGGUUUCCAGGUGGGUGUUAUCUACUCCUAUAAUGAGAAUGUCUUGGCUGCUUCCAACAAAUUAGCAAGGUUCUCAGCUGUUUCUGCUCCAGCCCAGCGAUUGCUUAUCUCCAUGCUUUCAGAUACAAGAUUUAUACAAACAUUCAUUGAGACUAAGAAACUGAGGCUGAGGAAAAUGUAUAAUGCAUUUGUGGCAGGAUUGAAGCAGUUAGAGAUUGAGUGCACUAGGAGCAGUGGUGGUUUUUGCUGCUGGGCUGACAUGAGCAGGUUAAUCCGCUCCUACAGUGAAAAGGGGGAGCUCGAGCUCUGGGAUAGAUUGCUGAAUGUAGCUAAGAUCAAUGUUACCCCUGGAUCCUCUUGUCAUUGUAUUGAACCCGGAUGGUUCAGUUUUUGUUUUACUACAUUGACUGAAAAGGAUAUUCCAGCAGUAAUGGAACGGAUUCGGAUGAUUUCUGAGAUCACAAAAUCACAUAGUUGAUAUGGCGUCAAUUACUUCAGCAAAUUUAGUUGGUUUACUGAUUCUUUAUUCUUUUGGUGAAGCCGAAUUCAUCCCAAGGAUGUAAUCAAUCAUCAAGGGGUGGUUGGAUGACCAGGUUUUAGGGAAUGUGAUGGAGUUGCUUCAAAAUGAUAAGUGUAAAUUAGGACUUUGUAUUAAGAAGCGGCUCCACGGGUGACCACUCUGCACGACCCGAAUUUAGUUAUUUGGAUAUAGCAGUUAUUUUCCCGCCUUGAUUUUGUUACAUUUGCUUUUAUUUAUCAAUGUAAUUACAUAUCCUUCAAGCUUUGUAAUUACAUAUAUGGAUAUAUAGAAAUUAUUAAAUAUUGUGUGUAAAUAAUUGAAAAAAGGCUA